AUGUAUCCGUGGUAUCCGCCCAGGGAUACGGCCGAAGUGCAGCAGCCGCAGGUGUGCGCCAACGGCCCGCAAUCGUCGGGCAGCCCGUCGUCCGCGACAUCGCCGGCCAUCAAGAGCGAGAACGGUUCGGCGUACGGCGACUGUAUGGAUUACGCGUUGCACGCAAAGGUAAGCGAGACAUUUUUCUCCCGUCGCCGCGCGAGACGUUUCCGACAUUCCGGGCCGCACAACGGCCGAGAGGCUUCGGGGUUCCGCCACAAUAUAUUAUAAGACGCGGGGUGUUUUUUUUUUCUCCGUCUCGCGGUAAACGACUUUUGCGCGGUCGCGUAGUAUAAAAACGCUCGAUUUUCGGCGGACGGUACUUGUUUAUUCUAAAACAAUAUUAGAAAAAAAAAAAAAAAAAUCUGAUAGCGAAAUCAGACGAUACGCCGGUUCUAGGAAAAAAUCGCGUUGUACCGGUAAGGUUAGGCGGGUAUAUAGUGGCGAUAUUAUUUAUUACCUUAAGUGCAGUUUACGCGCAAGCUCCACCCAGAAUCGUUUUUCGAUUGCGAUAUGAUCCGUCCAUAACAGUUACUCCGUGUUCCGGACUACUUUCCCGACUUUCCGCCACCGACAGUGUGGCUCAUCCACGGUGCGACGUACGUCCGACUUAUUAUUAUAUGAAAAUAAUCCGUAAAAGUCUCCGGUAUUGUAAUACUAUUACGCGUUCUGUAUACAGAUUAGAUUCUGUCGAAUAUCCCGAUCGAGAUUUUUCCCGUUUCUUUCCGUCCUCAAAAUACAACAAAUUAUACAGGCGCAAUGAUACGCGGCAUUGUACAUCUGGCUAA